GGCACUUGAUUCCCCUCAGAGACUGCAGCGACAGUAGGGACUCCACAACAGUUUUGCACGUGUGGACGACCUUACGAGCCCCUACACAUAUGGGUAUCAUCCGCACGGCCAUCCUGUUCCUCGCUGCGCUCGCGUGGUGUAGUGUGCUCGCCGCCGGCGGUGAGGUGGACGGCGUGUUCAACGUCAAUGACUACGGUGCUCGAGGCGACGGGGUCACGGACGACACCAAGGCGUUCGUGCACGCAUGGACCGCGGCGUGCGGCGCCAGGGGCUCGUCGGCGUCGACGCUGCUCGUGCCGGCGGCCAAGUCCUUCCUCGUUGGCCCCACCAGGUUCAACGGGCCCUGCGCCUCCACCAGAAUUACCGUCCAGGUCAUGGGCACGAUUACGGCGCCGCCGGCGGGCGCAUGGAGCGGGAAGAACUAUUGGCUGAUGUUCUACAAGGUCCACGGGCUCACGGUUACCGGCGACAGCACCGGCUUGCUCGACGGCAGAGGCGGCACGUGGUGGCGCAACAAGUGCAAAGGCUAUGCUGACUGUAUAUCUAAGGCACCGACGGCGUUGGUGGUCAUGAGCUGCGCCGACGUGGAGCUGCGCCAAUUCAGAACCAAGGACAGCCCGCAGAUGCACAUCGCCGUCAGCCAGAGCAGCAAGGUCCAGCUGACGCAGUUGACCAUCACCGCGCCCGGGGACAGCCCCAACACCGACGGCGUGCACAUCGACCGGAGUGAAGAUGUCCGCGUCAGCAGAUCGACUAUCAGCACCGGCGACGACUGCGUCUCCAUCAGCUCCAGGAGCCGAUUCGUCACCGUCGACGGAAUCGUGUGCGGCCCCGGCCAUGGCAUAAGUGUGGGGAGCCUGGGCAAGAAUGGAGCGACCGCAUCCGUGGAGUACAUCGACGUGAAAAACGUCCACUUCAUCAACACGACAAAUGGGGCAAGGAUCAAGACGUGGAAGGGUGGGAAAGGUUACGCGAAAUCCAUCUCCUUCACCGACAUAAAGUUCACCAACGUGGACAAUCCUGUGGUCAUCAACCAAUUCUACGUAGACCGCCACCAUGUCCCAAAUAUGGGGGCGGUGGCGCUGAGCAACAUAACGUACAAGAACCUGAAGGGGACAUCGAAGCACCAGACGGCCGUGGACUUCAACUGCAGCGAGAGCGGCAGCUGCACGAAGAUCCACGUCAACUCCGUGGAGAUCACCGCUGCGGACGGCGGAGGAACCAUGGCCCGCUGCCAGAACGCGCAAGGGGACACCUCCGGAUACGUCUACCCCAAGAUCCCUUGCCUUAGAUGAUAAUAACUAGCAGGUAGAAGACGUGGCAGCACGCCCGCGCCCUGAUCUAAGCCCGCGCGUGUUUAUGUGUGUGUAUUUUUUUGUUUUAUUUUAAAGUAAGAGAAGGGGUGGCAGUGGUAUUGGGGUCGAGCAGUUGCGAAUGAAUCUUUUUGACAGACUUCAGAAAUUUUCAUUGCAUACUGGUAGACUAUGAAAUUGGAAUCCGGAAUCAGUUGUUUA